AUCUGUUUGUGCUCGCGGCCGGUGGCUCGCUGCCAUCCCCUAAGCUACACGCCGGGCUAUAUAAGCGACCUCGCAGCCUCGGCGGCGGGAGGCUCGCACACAGCCCGGCUCCGCUCGGCGCACGGGAGGUUUCGGUAAGCUGCAGCUCUCUCUUCUUCCCAGCCGGCUGCAAAUCCCUGAACACGCAGCUGACAAGCCCUCGUCUCGCCCGCGGAUCUCAGCUCGGCUGGCGGCUCUGUGGCGAGAAGACGGGAUUCUCCUUAAGUGGGGUUUUAAUGGCUUUUUAGGACUGGGGAAGGCGUGGGACGGCUGCAGAAACUCCAGGAAUCCCCUGGUCACCUCUGGAGACAGCGAUGGUCACCAUGAAAGGCUGGAUCCUCCUCCUCCUCUGGGGAGCCACGUCUGUUUUAGGACAAAGGAUUCUGAAACCAGCCCUCAGUAGGGUCCAGAUAGGACAGAGAACCUUCAGCCCACUGGUAAUGCUCAGCUUGGAGAGUACGAGGAGCAGCUCUCGCCGGGGAGACCCAACCUUCACCUACGUCAGACGCAGUCCACUGGCGCAAGAUUCAAAAAGGUUUUUGUCUCCAUGGUCGAAAUGGAGCGAGUGCUCAGCAAAGUGUGGCCAAACCGGGGUGCAGAAGCGUACCAGAUCCUGCCUAGCUGAGCCCCUCUGGGGGCUGCACUGUAACGAAGCAACUGAGGAAGGGCGGCUCUGCAUUGGACAUGUUUGCUCAGCCUGCAACAUCACCUGCCCCAUGGGCCAUGUCAAUGCUGACUGUGACACUUGCAUGUGUGAGGAUGCCACCCUGCACGGGAAGGUGUCUCUUGAGGAUGGGUCACCUGCUGCCGAUGCCCGGGUCUACCUGCAAGCCAAGAAACUCAAGCUGUUGACAACGGCCGAUAACAGAGGCAUGUUUAUGAUCCCAGGGGUUUGUCCUGAUGGGAAAAACACCCUUAAGAUAAAGAAAGCCAAAUAUGCAACAGCGACUGUCACUGUGCCUGAGAGCAACCGGAGAAACCUGGCAAUCCAAGUGCAGCUGCACCGAUCAGGCAAACCCUAUGUUUUCAGGAGCCCUGAGGACAAAGCCAGGAGAGUGGGACAGAGCGUGUCACUCUGCUGCGACGCCCGAGGGAGCCCAGCUCCCGACCGCUACCUCUGGUACCACAAUGGCUCACUGCUGGAUCCCUCCUUGUACAAAUAUAAAAACAACCUGAUUCUGAAGAACCUGAAGAGAGAACAGUCAGGAGAGUAUUUCUGCAAGGCGAGCAGUGCCGGGGGGUCGGCAAAGUCCCAAGUUGCCAAGCUGGCUGUCAUAGGAAGACAAGAGGCAGCCUGUGACUCCCAGCCCCAAAGCCACCUCAUCCGACUUCCUCACGAUUGCUUCCAAAAAGCAACAAACUCCUUCUAUUACGACGUGGGCAAGUGCCCAGCAAAGACCUGUGUAGGGAAGCUGGAUAAGGGACUUCGGUGUAAGGACAAUGUCUCCUACUGCUGUGGGGUAUCCAAGAUGGAAACCAGGGACAUCUCCUGCGAUGGCUACACGCUCCCCACUAAAGUCAUUGUCGAAUGUGGUUGCAAAAUAUGCACCGAGACCAAAAUAAUGGUUCGAGGCAGAGCCACAGCAGCAGAUAAUGGUGAACCACUGAGAUUUGGCCACAUCUACAUGGGGAACAAGAGAGUGAGUAUGACUGGCUACAAGGGAACCUUCUCCAUCCACGUCCCAGCAGAUAUGGAGAGACUGGUUCUAACUUUCGUGGAUCGGCUGCAGAAGUUUGUGAACACAACAAAAGUUCUGCCCUUCAAGGAAAACGGAGGUGCUGUAUUUCAUGAGAUCAAGCUACUGAGAAAGAAAGCCCCUGUUACACUGCAAUCCACCGAAACCAAUGUGAUUUCUUUGGGGGAAAUGGAAGAAGAUGAUCCAAUUGCUGAAUUAGAAAUUCCUCCCAAUGCAUUUUAUAGAAAAAAUGGAGAGGUCUACAGUGGCAAAGUGAAAGCCAGCGUGACAUUUCUGGACCCAAGAAACAUCUCCACAGCCCCUGUGACACAAAGCGACCUGAACUUUGUAGAUGAGGAAGGAGACGUAUUUCCGCUCCGUACAUACGGGAUGUUUUCUGUGGACUUCACAGAUGAACAGGGCACCGAGUCCCUCAAUGCAGAAAAGGUGAAGGUUCAUUUGGAUGCUGCUCAGGUCAAGAUGCCAGAGCAUGUGCAAGAGAUGAAGCUUUGGUCCCUGAACCCAGAGACAGGGUUAUGGGAGGAAGAAGGGGACUUCAACCUCGAGAAAAGCACACGGCACAAAAGGGAGGAGAGAACCUUUUUGGUUGGGAACAUGGAGAUCAAAGAGAGGCGCCUUUUUAACCUGGAUGUCCCUGAGAGCAGACGGUGCUAUGUCAAAGUCCGAGCCUACAGAAGCGAGCGAUUUCUGCAAAGUGAGCAGAUCCAAGGGGUUGUGAUUUCUAUUAUAAACAUGGAGCCAGAACCAGGGUUCUCCUCCAACCCCAGAGCAUGGGGCCGUUUUGACAGCGUAGUCACCGGUCCCAACGGCGCCUGUGUGCCCGCCUUCUGUGAUGAGCAAAACCCCGAAGCCUACGGAGCUUAUAUCUUGGCAAGCAUGGGGGGUGAAGAGCUCGAAGCUGUGCCCUCUGCUCCCAAACUCAACCCUGUUGCUAUUGGGGUCCCACAGCCAUACCUCAACAAGCUUAACUACAGGAGGACAGACCACGAGGACUCCAACAUCAAGAAAACAGCAUUCAGCAUUAACAUGGCCAAGCCAAGCCCUAACUCCCCAGAAGAGAACAAUGGCCCUAUUUAUGCCUAUGAAAACCUCAGUGAAUGUGAGGAAGCUCCACACAGUGCUGCUCACUUCAGGUUUUACAGGAUAGAAGGAGACCGGUAUGACUACAACACGGUUCCCUUCAGUGAAGAUGACCUCAUGAGCUGGACCGAUGACUACCUGGCAUGGUGGCCCAAGCCCAUGGAAUUUAGAGCCUGCUACAUUAAAGUAAAAAUAAACGGACCCCAAGAAGUGAAUGUAAGAUCUCGUAACAUGGGUGGGACACACCCACGCACCAUCGGCAAGCUCUACGGCAUCCGGGAUGUGCGCAGCAUCCGUGACCCCCAGCAGCGGGACGUGUCAGCAGCCUGCCUGGAGUUCAAGUGCAGUGGAAUGCUCUUCGACCAGGACCGCGUGGACCGCACGCUCGUCAAAGUGAUCCCACAAGGCAACUGCCGUCGAGUGAGCGUCAACAGCAUGCUCCACGAGUACCUGGUGAACCACCUCCCCAUGGCCACCAACAACGACACCAGCGAGUACACAAUGCUGGCACCUCUUGACCCGCUGGGACACAACUAUGGCAUCUACACAGUCACUGAUCAAGACCCAAGGAUCGCCAAGGAAAUCGCCCUGGGCAGGUGUUUCGAUGGCACAUCUGAUGGCACGUCCAGAACCAUGAAGAGUGAUGUUGGCGUGGGGUUGACUUUCACCUGUUCGGAGAGGAGCACGACAGAGCAAAGCAUCUUCCAGUCUCAGAGGAACUUGGGCCAGCAAUCUCCGAGGGACCCGGGCCGGCAGUCUCCGAGGGACCCGGGCCGGCAGUCUCCGAGGGACCCGGGCCGGCAGUCUCUGAGGGACCCGGGCCAGCAAUCUCCGAGGGACCCGGGCCGGCAGUCUCCGAGGGACUGGAGCCAGCAGCCUCCGAGGGACUGGAGCCAGCAGUCUCCAAGGGACUCGGGCCAGCAGUCCAUCCUGGUUCUGCCAGGGCAAAGCCCUGUGUACCAGAGGCCGCCGGCAAGCCGCCGUAACAACCAAGCCAGGAUCCCGAUGACAGGUCAACGUCCCACCUACUAGAGCUGUAUAGGAGCAUUGGUAAAGUCACUCACGCUCAAUUAAAUAUAAUUUGAAAGUAACAUCAACCUGCUAAAUAACGUAACUGAAAGCUGGUAGGUGUCAUUAUUUAUGAGACAUAAUUAAGGUGCCAUUUUUUUUCCCCCCACCAGAAAGAAAAGACGUGAGAAUUGGGGCCCAGCAGAGGUAGUAAGUUUGUGUCUUAUUAAAUGCAUCCAUAAAAAUCUUCUUUCCGCCUGACAUUAAACAGCUUCACAUGAUAGCCUGAAGGGAAGACUAAACACAUAAUUCAAUUAAGUGAUGUACAUAAAACAUUCUUCUGUUCUGCAUCUGCAGACUUUGCCAGCCCAAGUACCUGUACAGUAGUUGGUAACAUGAAAAGGAAUAAACUGAUUUCCUCAUACUGAAUUCAACUGCAAGGUUUUGUACUUGAAAUGUAAGUAUUUUAUUUAUUUCUAGCUUGUUUUAGAAUUACUGUAUUCAAGCUAAACUACUGGCAGCUGCAUUUUUAAGAACUCACAUGCUCAAUAGCACAGAGAAGCCAUGUGGAUUUGUAGGCUCCACAUAGAUACAGCUAAAAUUUUCUCUUGCUUCUUGCAUUAUUUGACAAGAAAAUCUAUGCUCUAUGAUAGGGUAGGUUAAUAAAAAAAGUAAUUUUGUAACUUUGA